AUGGCUGAAGAAACAAUGGAUAAUUCUAUUUUAAUAAAUGUCGACGAAAAAAUGGAACAGAAUUCUAAAAAUAUAGAAGAUAAUCUUUUUGAUGAAAUUAUUGGACAUAUUGAAGAUAUUUUAAUAGAAGAUGAAUUUCAUGCUAUUCGACAAAAAUUUUUAGAUGAUUAUUGGAAUAUUUUUGAACCCGUAGAAGAAAAUAAAUUGAUUUAUACAAAUAUAUUUAAUGAAUAUAAUAAAACCGUGGAAAAUUACAUUGUUAAUUAUUUACAAAGAACUGUACCACAUUUUAAUCUAGAUACAUUUUUAAAUUAUCUAAAUAAUAAACAAAAUGAAUUGGAAGGUGAAGUUUUUGAAGUAUUAUCAACAUUUACAAAUUUUAUGGCCUUCAAAGAAAUGUUUCUUGAUUAUAGAGCUAUAAAAGAAGGAAAAGUCGAAGAUCUUAGUAAUGGAAUAUUUGUUACAUCCUUUAAACCUUCUAAUAUAAAUGAUAAGGAAUCUUUUAGAUAAGAAAUUUCAUUAAUAAAA